CGCGUAUUUUCCCAUCGUGAUCACUCUCCUAUAAACAUUGUUCUCUAUACGGUACACAUAUGGCUCCACGAGCACGCACUGCCAGUCGGUUCAUGCCUUCAGUCUCGGCUAAACGUAAGCGCGACGUCAAAGACAGCGGGAAAACUCAAGAUUUCGAUGAAGCAAAUGAUCCGCCCAUUCGUCCUAAGAAGGCUGCCAGGACCGCUAGCUCCACCAAACCCAAAACCACAGUCCCCAGCGCCAGUAAGGAUGCGGAAAAAAUCUACGCUGACGCCCUCAAAGCCCUCGACAAGCGCGUCGACGAGCUGGACAAGAAAGUCAAGGUCAUGAGUGGCAACAGUUCGGCGAUCACAAGCGCCAAUUAUGCCACCUCCGCCCGCAAGCACAGGGCGCCAUCAAGAAGUUAGUCGCCAUGGACACCACACUGGCGUUCAAUCUACUGCUCAGCAUGGCUGAUGCGUCACACACUGACCUCGACGCCACGUGGAAGAUGUGCGGCACCCCGUGCGACAGCAGCAUCCCGACAUUCAAACUGCUGGAUGAGGCACUUUUGCCGCUGAUUGAGGCGCGGGAGAAACCUGCCUGCCUGGCAGAUGGGUUGCCGGAGAUCCCCAAGCGGUGGACGUUGAAGGAUGCGGAUGUGGGCGUGUUCAAGACUGGGAGGCCGAACAAGCAGCAACGCGGUCAGAUGUACCGCCAGAAGCUGGCGUGGGAGAAGAAUAGGCGACAGGCCAGAAGGGAGCGUAGGGAGAAGACAGAGGACUGGGUCAAGGUUACGUUGAGUGAUUUGCUUGAGGAGAGAGAUUAUCUUAGUGCGUAUGGUGUGAAGGGAUAUCUGCCAAAGAGCAUUGCGAGGUUGGAGGAGCUGCUGAAGGAGGCCCGGACGGUUUGAAUUUGGUAUGCCUGCCACCUCUUUCGGGACGGAAUUCGCGGCUCGGCCAAGGCAAACGAUGAGAUUGAUUCUCUGGGCCCGCCUAGUACCAUCGAUGCGGGAGAAAACCAUGGCCAGAAGAACAGUAAAACUAGGUACCUCAUACGACUCUUCGGGAAAUACCGGGUCGUUCAAUGUAGCAAUAGCGGAACAAGCUUGGGAAAU